UACUUGAAUAUAUAUGUGUAGCAGACAUGUAUUGUUUGAUUUUUAAUUAGUUAAAACGUGUCACUAACAUUUUAAUGAGAAAUUGGUAUGGAACAUUCAACUGUUGACCCCAAAGCGAUCAGGAAUAUUGAUGGUGUGGACUGGAGUUAUGGAAUGAGAAGAGAAAUGCAGGAGAUUGUACCAGGCCUAUUUCUUGGACCGUAUGCUGCAGCAAUGAAAUCAAAGAAAUGUGAUCUACAGAAUCGAGGCAUCACCCACAUUGUGUGUAUCAGACAGAAUAUUGAGGCUAACUUCAUUCGAGCUAACUUUCCGGACACAUUCAAGUACCUGAUACUGGAUAUUGCUGACACUUUCACAGAAAACAUCAUCAGGUUUAUGUCUCAGUUCCAGCAGUUUGUCGAUGGGUGUCUUAAGGAAGGAGGCAAGGUUUUGAUUCAUGGUAAUGGAGGAAUAUCUCGCAGUGCAUCUUUGGUGGUGGCAUACCUAAUGGAGAAGUUAUCUCUUUCUUUCAAAGAUGCUUUGAUGUUUGUUCAACGGAGGAGAUUCUGUAUUAACCCCAACGAAGCCUUCUUUCAGCAGCUCACAGAGUAUGAGGCCUUGUGCAACGCACGGAGAUCUGUGCUGUCUGGUGGAACACUCCCCUCAGGGUCAAGGAAACGAAAAUUCCCCAGUGAUCCAGAUGAUAACAUAUCUGACACCGCCAUGACCUGAGGCGUACAAUCCUUAUUUGUGGACCAUGAACGAUGGAAACUCAUCGUAAAAGAAAAUGCCAGUUCUGAGCAUAUAAAUGGUUUCUGAAGCUUGGACUUAACAUGAUUAAAGUCAUGUGUGACUGGAAAUGGGAAAUAUAUUCUUACAUUCUUGUAACCAAGAAGGUGAAGAAAAACUGGUGUUAAACAGUUAAAAAUUGCAUUUGUUUCUCCUUGUUUUGAUGCAUAAAUUGUCUUUACUGCGGAACUUUCACAGGGCAGCUGUUUUCACCAAAGAAUGGAAUGCUUGAUCCUGUGUGUAUUCAAUAUGCAAAGCAAUUUUGUUUUGAUUAUGGUUUUAUGAGUGUGGAUUAAACAAUGAUCAGGAAUUAUGAAAAAUUGAUUGCUUAUCACUGAGGAUGCUCUUAAACAAUUGCAUAAUCAUAUAAUGUGUCUAAAUUCACUAAAAUAUGAGAUAAGCAGUCAAACAUUGAAACUAAUAACAGUAUUUUACCUAAUCUAACAUCUCUCACAGAAAAGUUGAUUUUUAAAUACAUCCAUCUUCACGUUUUUGGACAUUCUUUGUAUAUUUUUUUACCAAUUUUUAGUACAGUAUUUUAAAUAUAAAUGCAGCAUGUGAUUAUUUUGACUUUUAAUUUGGAUUAUACAAGCGAUCAUUAAUCAAAAUCGGUCUUCCAAUUAUAUCAUAUGAUCGAUGAUUUAGGACCAAGUUUUAAUCCCCUGUUUUGACAUUCAGUUUUGAACUCACCAUCAUGAAAGUUGCCAUAUAUGCCUGCAGAUUUCAGUGUUCUUGUUUUAUCCAUUCCAUAGUAUGAUUAACCAGACGAGGAAUUACUUGAAUUAGAUAUGCAAUUAUCCUGUAUAUACCAGUUGUUUGUUUUGACUUGGGGCUUAUUUCAUUAUUUUUUUUUUAAUAUAACAGGUUUAAGAUCUUUAAACAAUUUUAGACUCGAUUGCUCAGUAUACAAUUAUGUGGGUUUCACAGAAUUAUCUUUUCAGUAAUUUGGCUUUAAAUUGUAUUUGAUACACCUAGAUGAAGACAACUAAGAAUAAAUGUCAAACAAUUAAUAUCCAUAUAAGCUUAUUAUAUAAAUCUCAAAAUUUUCAUUAUUAAUUAGAUUAACCCUUAUUACAGGUUUAAGAUAGCUGAUAAAUUAUCCCUUGAUUUUCAAAAAGACAGAUUUGACAGAUCAUUCCUUUUCAGUAUUUCGAACGGUGUUAAAACCAUACCAUAAUGUUGACAGUGUUGUACAUGAUAAACCUAUUUGGUUCAAUGUUACUUUUGACAUUUUGUUGACUUAGGCUUUUAUGCUGUACUGUUCAUGAAAACAUACACAUUAAUUCAUGAUUGUUUGUUUUGUUUUGAACCAGAAAUCAUUUGUGGUACUAUGUUUGUUGAUUUGUAUAAUACAUGUAGUUGGAGGGGUUGUGUGUGUGAUUAUUGUCAGAAACAUUAUUAAAAAUAUUCUGUUCAGUCAUAUGACAUAAUUAAAAUAUUUAGACAAUUAUUGUUUAAACCAACCAAUCUUCCGAACCAUAUUACUCAAAACUAUUUAAAACAGCAGCUGUAUAACCCAUUACUUGUUGAUAUGUGCAUUAUCAUUUGAAAUGAACCUCACAUGCAUCAAUACUGUAUUGUUUACAUUUUUGCUGGGAUUCAUAUAAAUAGUCACACUUCUUCUCCCAGAGUUCCUUCAACCAACACCUUGUUCAUUCAAUGUACAUUUGUAUUUAAUUUAUGUUGAAGUUUGUUUUCAUACAUUUUGCAAUAAAGAAUUUUAAAACUAAA